CAACCUGGAACCUGCUAUAAAAGAGCAGAUGUGAACUUCUGGCUUCUACUCCUUCAGUCUCACCAUGAGGGGCCUCCGUCUGCUCCUCCUCUGCUGCUGCGUGGCCCUGGCCACAACCCAAAACCUCAGUUACGAGCUGAAACUCAACCCACAGAUGUCGUACGAGUACAGAUACGAGGGAGUUGUGAAAUUUGGACUUGGAAUCCCAAAUGUGGCCGAGUCUGGUGUGAGGUUGACCUGUAAGGUCAACAUUGCUGGUCUGUCUGCACAGACGUUUGCUCUGAAGAUUUCAGACUUAGUCUUUAACAAGCUCAAUGGUGUCCCUGGUCAAACCAGCUUCAGUGCCUCACCGAAGAUCGCCGGGCGAAUCUCCGCCCAGCUCAACAAUCCCAUCAUGUUUGAGUACGUCAGCGGACACAUCGGGGACAUCCGCGCCUCUGCUGCCGUUUCUGACACAGUGCUCAACAUCGUGAGGGGGAUCCUGGGCUUCUUCCAAGUCACCCUCAAAACAACACAGAGGGUUUAUGAACUAGAGGAAGUUGGCAUCCACGGGAUGUGCCAGAGCCACUACACUAUUGAAGAAAACAAGGAAACGAAGGACAUGAGCGUCACUAAGGUGGUGGACGUCGACAACUGCAGGGAGAAGGCAGCCGUGUACAGCGGCCUGGCUACUGCGGUGCUGGACGAGGCGGCCAGACGGAGAGGUGAAUCCAUCGCCACCACAGUGCGAUACAUCCACACAGUCCGACCCACAGCAGAGGGAGGGGUGGUCACCAAGGCCCAGGCCCUGGAGAGGCAGUUCUUCACUCCCUUCAAUGUGAAGGGUGGCACGCUCAAGAUGCAGGCGACGAAGGAGCUGGUACUGCUGGACGUACGCGGGGCAGAGAGGGCCGUCAUAUUCAGGGCAGCGGAGAGCAGAGGGAACAUGGUUUUUAAAUUUGUUGAUGCCUCGGUCAAUAUCCCAGUAUUGAUGCAGAACCUCAAGGACCCGGUGCCAAAGGCUGUUGAGCUGAUUAAGCGUCUGGCCGAUGCUAACAUUUACCAGAUCGACAGUUCAACGACUGAGGACACGAUAAAAGUCUAUCAGUUGUUGAGAGCGAUGCCUUUUGAAGGAUUAGAGGAGCUGUGGAAGAAUCUGUCUACAAAUGAUGAAUAUCGACGUUGGCUCUUGGACAUGGUUGUUGAGGUUGGUGAUGCCAGACUGUUGAAGUUUCUGGAGAAGAGGUUUCUGGCUGGUGACAUGACCCCGCUUCACGCCAUGCAAAUCAUGUUGCUGUCAAUGAACCAUCUCCGACCUCUGCCAGAGUUGGUUGAAUUAGCCAAAGUGUUCCUGAAUAUGCCCUUCACUAAGUCCAACAUCUACCUGUGGCAUGGAGUUGUUCUUUCCUAUGGUUCUCUGGUCUACAAACACUGUGCUUAUUACACCCCCUGCCCCGUGGCUGCUGUUCAGCCACUGCUGGACAUGGCCACGGAGGCUCUGAGGACGAAGAACGAGGCCGACAUGGUGCUGGUCCUCAAAGCUCUGGGCAACGCAGGUCAUCCAGGAAGCAUUAAAACCAUCAUCCGCUUCCUGCCCGGAGUGGCGGCCGUACCCGUGGACCUGCCGCCCCGUGUGCUGAGUGCAGCUGUGCAGUCAAUGAGACUGAUAGCUGCAAGAGAUCCUCACAGUGUCCAAGACGUAGCCCUGACUCUGUUCCUGGAAAAGAACCUUCCCAGCGACAUACGUAUGUUGGCCUUGAUGAUGCUGUUUGAGGCCAAGCCGUCCAUGUCUCUGGUCUCCACCUUAGCCACCCACCUACAGCAGGAGAGCGACCUCCACCUCGUCAGCUUCUCAUUCUCCCUACUGAAAAGUCUGGCUCGAUCACGUACCCCAGAAAACCAUGCCCUAGUCACGGCCUGUAACGUAGCUGUGAAGAUCCUGGCUCCUAAAUACGGCCGUCUGAGUUAUCACUACAGCAAAGCCCUGAGACUGGACUGGUUCAGUGACGAGUACCUGAUGGGAACAGCGGCCGAGGCGUUUAUGCUAAAAGGAGCAACAAGAGUCGUUCCAAGUGAAAUCAUCAUGAAGUGGAAAAUGAAUUUCAUCGGCAGAAUUCUGCAGCUCUUGGAGAUCGGUGUCAGAGCCGACGGAAUCAAAGAGUUGUUUGGUGCCAACAUCCCUGCGUUUAAAGGAGAUUUAAGUUUCACAGAUUUCCAGGCUAUUCUCAGUGUGCUUAAAAACUGGGAAAAUCUUCCGACUGACCAGCCCGUCUUCACCGCCUAUUCCCGAGCCUCUGGACAGGAGUGGUUCUUCACUGACAUCAACAAAGACCUGAUCCAGAACAUCGUCGGGGCCAUCAGUCCAGAUGCUGGGAAGGAGCGCCCUCUGUGGACUGUUAUUGAGAACUUGCAAAAGGGAACAUCAUGGCAUUGGACCAGGGCAUUCCUCAUCUUUGAGGCUCGAUUCUUCCAAGCGACCACUCUGGGUCUACCAGUUGAGAUCAGCAAGUACUAUGAGGCGGUCAACGGGAUCACUACGAACGCAAAAGCUGCGGUCAAUCCACCACUGACCCAGAAUCUAGGACAACUCCUUACGUCUGAAGUUGCCCUGGAGACCGACGGAUUUAUUGGGUGCACCAAAGACUUUUGGAUCACCUACGGCAUCAACACAGAACUGUUCCAGUCCGGCAUCGAGUUCAAGGCCAAAACCCAACAUGCUGUUCCGUGGAAGUUUUCAGUCAAGAUGAACGUCCGGGAAAAGAAGUUUGAGUUUGACCUACCAGCGUUUAAGAAAGAAGUUGAACUUUUUUCUGUCCGGUCCAAUGUGUACGUAGUCUCUAGAAACAUCGAGGAACCAGACAAGGCUAAAAUGACCCCAAUAAUGCCAAAGGAUGGUGACUCGGACCAUGAGGUCGUCCACGUGGAUCCCUCAGUGGUGAAGCCUGAGUCCAAACCAAUGGUCAGAGCCAACACUUGGCAUCCAGUUACAAAAAUGUGUACCGAGAGCAACAUCUACGGAGUGGGAGCUUGUGUGGAGUCUGAGUUAAGGAGGGAGUUCUACCACGAGGAAUAUCCCCUCUACUACUUCCUGGGAUACACAGCAUUUGCCUUUAAACUAACCCCAGCCCAGACAAACAAACCCAUGGAGAGAAUUCACUUUGAGCUCAACCUGAACCCCAGCAGCAGACAGCCAAUGAAUGCACAGCAACUGCUCCGAGCUCUGAGAAGACUGUCCAAGGAAGCUGCUCAGAGACAUCGUCUGUCCUCAAACUCUGCCUCCAGUGGUCAAAGCCAACAGGACAGUAGAGUGGAGUUUGUGGACUCAGCGCCCGCUCCUGUGUUCAACGUGAAAGCUUUUGCCGUUGGUGGGAAUGAAAAGCCUGAGGGAUACGAGGCGUGUGUGUACUACACACCUGAGGCCAACAUGAAGAACACACAGCUGAUUGUGUCUCAGGUUGGAGACGACACCAACUGGAAGAUGUGCUUGGACGCCAGUGUGAUCUCCCAUUCUGGGCUUCAGACACACAUCCGAUGGGGAUCUGAAUGUCAGUCGUAUGAAAUGUCAAUAAAAGCCAACGCUGGGCGUCUGCCUGGGUCUCUGCCAACACUGAGAGCCAAAGUUCACUGGAGCACAAUCCCUGAGACCAUGGCUGCGAUGGGCCGACGAGUGGAGAGCUACAUCCCAGGCGUGGCUCUGCUUCUCGGCUUCUCUGAGCAACAUGAGACAAAUGUCAAACAGGAAGUGACGGCGUCAGUUGUUGCUGCCUCGGCCGACAGUGUUGACGUGAAGCUCAAACUCCCAGAGUACACAGUUUACCGGAAGGCCAUUCCAUUUCCUCUGCCACCUGUCAGUUUUGAGGAGGUUCAAUCUGACGCCAGGAACGGGACGAGGGACGGAUUUGGACAAACAUAAAAACAAGGUCAAAGGUCACAGGGCGGAGCCAGAUGCCUUCCUCACAGAGGUAGCAGUGCAUUCUAAACGUUGCCACGGUGAUAAACAUGAUAUUAUCAUAACGGCUGUAUAGAUAAUACUUCAGAAUAAAAUCGUACGAAUUCUACCCUUUAUUCUCAAAUGUUUCACUUUAAAAAGACAACGUGCAAAGAUUUCAGAUUCCAAUCAGAUCAUCAAACUAAAGACCGCAAAUUAAUCUAUUUUUGUGCGUUUGUGUAACAGCAAUGGUAAAAAAAAAAAAAGAUUUAUAGUCACAUCAAGCUCCGCCUACAGUAGGGCGGUUAGAGACAGUGUGUAAAAGUACGGUAAAACCAAACGCUGGCCAGUCUCCACUGAGAGGUGAAUGUUUACCAGGUCUGUGUGACCUUCUGGGUUUGGUCAACGGGGUUGUUUGCAGAUAACGGUGUCACCACAGGAGCCUGGGCAGAGAACACUGUGUCCCUGGUUAAAUAGACCCAGUUCAAAUAUGAGCUGCACGUGUUUUAGAAACACAUGAUCCAUUUAAUCAAAUCAACAUUAACAUUUCUGCAUCUUUUUCAAUGUCAUUGUACCCCUGCUGUUCAACGGCAAUAAAGACUGUUCUGUUCUGUUCUGUUCUAGACAUACAUUUAUAAUGUCCCCUCCAUGUUCUACUUACAUCUCUAGUGUCUGUUGGUCCAGAGUGCAGAUCCAC